GACAUUAUAAUCAAAAGUGCUCAACCGGCAAAACAAAAGUUGGAGGAUCUUCUUGACGAAGUAAAAACAAUAAACUUAACGCCUCCUGAUCAACAUUUAAGAAAAAAUAAGCGUCUAACACUCUGUGUCGGUAUACUCGGAUCAAUCAACGAAAAGUGGCUGGAAUAUAUCCAGAAACAAAGGAAUGCGCAGAAAAGAAAGGAAGAAGACAAAUACACAGAUAUGGUUCACGAUAAUAAAGGUCUUUUAAAUUUAAAUUUAAUAAAUAACGGUCAAAAAGCUACUGUAACUUUAGAUAUGUACAAGGAUGAGUAUGAGUUAGCAAUACAGUGCCUACAGCAAAGCAAGAUAAAUAUCGAAGCAUUCCAACAGAAGGAGCCUCCCCCCAAAUGUCUCAGCAGACAGUAA